UAGGUCGCUGCUGGGCUCAAAGUCGGCGCUUCUGGGUGAUCCAGGGGCGUGUGCAGGGCGCGGAGGGGCAGACCUGCAGGCCGGGUGCUGCGUGCCUCCAGCGUGCCGUCAAACCCUCACUUGAUCUGAACGAGAAUUUCCGGUCCUUCACGCUGGCCUUCGGAGGAAAUGAAAGUGAAAGGGGAAGAGACCUAGAGUAGAGAUCGCAGCGCCAUGGAGCCUCUGCCCCUGCUUAUCGCUGUGGCUUUGGGCCUGGCGACCACCGUCUCGGCUGGACCGGCCGCGGUUGAGUGCUGGUUCGUGGAAGAUUCAGGUGGCCUGGCCAAGAGACCUGCCGCGUUGCUGCUGCGCCAGGGACCCAGGGGUCCACCGCCCCGGCCAGAUCUUGACCCUAAGCUGUACUUCAAGGUGGACGACCCGGCCGGAAUGCUCCUGGCUGCCUUCAGGCGGUAUCCCGAGGGCGCCCCCGCACCACACUGCGAGAUGAGCCGCUUCAUCCCGUUCCCCGCCUCGGCGAAUUGGGCUAGAGGUCUGAUCCCGCAGCAGAGUUGCCCGCGGGCCCUGGACGGGGAUUGGCUGCUGGUCAGCGUGUCCAGCACCGUCUUCAGCCUUUCUGUCCUGCUGCGACCACAGCCAGAGCCUCAGCGGGAGCCCGACUUCAUCACCAUGGCAACAGUGGUGCUGACUGUCCUCACCCACAGCCCCAAACCUCGGAUCCAUCUGGGAAAAGAUGCAGUGCUGGACCUGAGCUUUGCCUACAUGCCCCCCACUCUGGAAGAUGCUCUGUCUCCGGCCGCAGGUCCCCCUCCCUUUGGGCUGGAGUGGCGUCGCCAGCACCAGGGCAAGGGUCACCUGCUGCUGGCUGCGACUCCUGGGCUGGUUGGGGAAACGCCACCAGCCCAAGAAAAGGCUGUGGCAUUUGCUGCUUGGGAUGACAAUGAGCCCUGGGGCCCGUGGACUGGGAAUGGGACCUUCUGGCUGCCAGCUGUGAAACCUUUUCAGGAGGGCGUCUACCUGGCUACUGUACACCUGCCCUAUCUGCAAGGACAGGUCUCUCUGCAGCUGACGGUGCACAAGCCCCCCAAAGUGUCUCUAACACCAGCACCCCUUGUGUGGGUUGCCCCGGGAGAGACACCCCCGGAACUGCUCUGCCUCGUGUCCCACUUCUACCCUGCGGCGGGCCUGAAGGUGGAGUGGGAGCUCAGAGGUGGCCCAGAAGGCGGUUCUAGAAAGGCUGAGGGGGAGACGUGGCUCUCCACUGUCCGCCACCAUUCCGAUGGCUCUGUCAGCCAGGCUGGGCACCUGCGGCUGCCCCCAGUCACUGCCAAGCAGCAUGGAGUACGCUAUGCCUGUCGGGUCCACCACCCCAGCCUGCCGGCAUCGGGGCGCAGUGCUGAAGUCACCCUGGAGGUGGCAGGCCUCUCCGGGCCCUCAAUCGAGGACAGCAUAGGCCUGUUCCUGUCCGCUUUUCUCCUUCUGGGACUCAUCAAAGCACUAGGCUGGAUGGCUGCCUACCUGACCAUUCAUGAAGACUCAAAGGCGAAGGUUACAGCUGCCAGCCUGGACUCAAAGAAGUCACAGUAAAGGCACUCAAUUCCGUGGAAGACCACCCUCAUCUUUGGCCCAGCUGACUCCAGUUAGCUCCUCCCCUAAACAGCGUCCCUUCAUGUUAUCUUCUACUCCCUCCAUUGAGUGGCUGGGGUUGCUGUUUUAUUUUAUUUUAUUUUAUUAUUUUUUAUUUUUUGUUUUUUUUUUUUGAGACAGGGUUUCUCUGUGUAACAGCCCUGGCUGCCCUGGAACUCACUUUGUAGACCAGGCUGACCUCGAACUUGCUCAGAUUCACCUGCCUCUGCCUCCCAAGUGCUGGGAUUAAAGGUGUGUGCCAUCAC